AUGUCUGCGAACAUCUACGUCACCGCUGGCAGAGUCCUGGCUGCUGGUGUUCCCAGAUCCCCUCUUCCCUCCAUUGACCCUCGUGUGAACCUAAAAAACAUCCGUCACAAUCUAUCUAACCUCUACGCGUUCAGUGUGAACUGCCUCAAGGCCCAAUCUCGACCUGUCAAAGAGCUCAAGCACGGGGACAGUGAUCUUGAUAUCGGUCUUGGUAUCUACCGGACAGAUCAGGGAAAACUGGUCGACGCAGUCGCAGAAGCCAUGGAGGAAGAGAUGAACCGUGCUGAACAGUCUGACUCGGAAGACGAGGAUGGAUACGUCGCCAAGGGCUUUCCCUCGAGCUUCAUCGGCACCUCAUCCAGCCGCAGUAGCACUCCCACCCCGGCUCCCACCGCAGACAAGACACAUGUCGAAGGCAGCUCCUCCGAGUCCAGCACCACAGAGCCGUUCCCUGACUACUACGAGUCCUGCGAAACGGGGGCCAACUUGCCAGACCCAGACUACGAGCAACAGUAUGAAUACGCGGUCUUCAUGACGGCCCAGGAAGUCAACCGGUUCAGGGCCAUCGACGCAAGAAUCGCCUGCUGUCCCAUCUACCUGCCUGAGUACCUCAAACUCCUCCACGGCGACAACGACAUCAACGUCCCCAUCUCCACUCUCGAGACAGAGGCCAUUGCCCAGGGCGAAACCAUCUACAAAGUCUGCAAAGGCACCUCGCCGCCUCCUCUCGUCGCACCCAGAAACAGCCCAAGCAGCGAGAACGACGAAGAAACAUCCAACGCAGCAACCUCCUCCAACCCUACGUCCCCUCAGCCCGCGCGCGCCAACAGCCCGCGUAGCUACUUCAAAUGGGAACCGAACCAGAACCCCGUGCCCGAAAGCACCAAGAUCCAGCGUCUGACCGAGAUGCGCCUCGUGCUCUGCCACCAAACUCUGAAGCCCGAGAUCAGACUGCGCUUCCUCCAGUACGCCGAGGCCUUCGUGUCCAUCGAGCGCACGCUCUUCGCCGACACCGAACUGAACCGCCGCGACUUCCUCGGCGCCGACGUGCUAGCGGAACUCGAAAUCCUAACCCAGCCGCUGGUCCGGUACAUCACGCACCUCUCGCAGGCGAUCUACAAGGAGCACUGUGCAGCCGACCAGAACCGCGAGCAGGUGCGGCGCAUCUUCCACGCGGACGCCAUCCCCAGCUACCAGCGCUAUGCAGACAUCGCCGGCAUCAUGAUCCAGUGCGUGCUGCCCCCUCCCCCAGCUCACACAAACACAGACAACACCCCACUAACCCGCACCUCGCACAGAAGCACCAAGGUGCGCCGCGACCCGGACCGCGAGCUGCUCCUGUGCACGCUGCGGCUGUUCGAGGCGCUCGUAACCUGCACGACGACGACAUGA